AUGGGUAAAUCUUUCUUUACUAAGGAUACGACUGAGUUCAAGGACCUGUCCUCUCAGACGUCGUCCGACUCCGGUAGCAACGCAUUCUUCUCUGCUACCGAUAGCUAUUCACCCAAAAGAAAACUGAAAUCCAGACAUGUGCAACUCAUAGCCAUCGGAGGGUCCAUCGGAACAGGUCUUUUUGUCACGAUUGGAACCGGACUGGUCCGCGGAGGCCCCGGCUCUCUUCUUAUUGCCUUCACUUUCUGGACGGUCAUAAUUCUGAUGCUGACCACGGCCAUCGGUGAAAUCGUCUGCUAUUUGCCGACAGCAUCUCCAUUCAUCGAAAUGGCAGGACGUGCAGUGGACGAGGCUGCCGAAUUUGCAAGCGGAUGGAACUUCUUCCUUGUGGAGGCGCUUUACAUCCCUUUUGAGAUCACUGCUUGCAACACCAUGGUGCAUUUCUGGAGAAGCGACUACUCUCCAGGCAUCGCUUUUGCAAUCCAAAUUGUGCUCUAUAUCGCAUUCAACAUCUGGACUGUGAGAUGGUACGGAGAGAGCGAGUUUAUUCUCUCGAUCACAAAGCUGAUUUUGGCUAUCGGACUGCUGCUUUUCACAUUCAUCGUGAUGGUGGGAGGAAACCCUCAGCAUGACGUGUUUGGCUUCCGAAACUUCAACAUUUCGCCAUUCGCAGAGUACGUUACCACUGGAUCGCUUGGAAAAUUUGAAGGAUGGCUCGCAGCCUGGGCCAAAGCAGGGUUUGUGUGUGUUGGACCAGAAUAUUUGUCGAUGGUUGCCGGAGAGGCCAAUAACCCACGCAAGACCAUGAGGACAGCUUUCAAGACCGUCAUUUACAGACUGGCCAUCUUCUAUAUCGGUGGAUCGCUAUCUGUCGGCAUUUUGGUCGCCUGCAACAACCCGCAACUAAUCUCCUCUGUCACCAGUGGAAAAACCGACGCUUCCGCAUCGCCAUACGUCAUCGCCAUCCAAAACCUCAAUAUUAAGGUUCUACCGCAUAUCAUCAACGUCGUGAUCAUUCUCAGCGCAUUCUCUGCCGGAAACUCAUAUUAUUACUGUGCAUCUCGUCAACUUUAUUCUCUCGCGAAACGCGGAUUUGCUCCACGGUUCCUUUGUUUGUGCAACGGCAACGGCAUCCCCAUUUUCUCUGUUGCCGUCACCACCGUUUUCGCUCUUUUGUCUCUUUUGCAACUCGGAAAAAGCUCUGCUGUUGUGCUCAACUGGAUCGUCAACCUCUGCACUGGCGCGCAACUCAUCAACUACGGCUGGAUGACCAUCACCUACAUCGGCUUCUAUAGGGCUGUGCAAGCACAAGGCUUCGACAGACGCUCCUUGCCAUACAGAUCAUGGUUCCAGCCGUACUCGAUCUAUAUUGUCACGUUCUUUGUGUGGAUCCAGAUCUUUGUCAUUGGAUACACCGUCUUCCUGCCUGGCUGGUGGCAGGUGUCCGACUUCCUCUUCUACUACCUGAUGAUCUUUGUCAACAUUGGACUCUUUGUUUUCUGGAAGCUGUUCAGACGCACCAAAUUCAUAAAGUCCAGGGACGUCGACCUGGUGUCGGGCUUGGAAGAGGUCGAAGCUCACGAGUUGGCCAUUGCUCUAGAGAAAGAUACCCAGAGCGACAAAUGGUACGACACUGCGCUUUCGUGGAUAUUGUAG